GGUAUGCUUUAAAUGUGUGUCGGCCGCAUAGCGGCACAUUCCGAAAACCAAGUCUCAAGUAAGACGCGAUGGCCAGAACGAAGCAGACCGCACGUAAGUCUACUGGAGGGAAAGCCCCCAGAAAACAGCUCGCCACGAAGGCGGCGCGUAAGAGCGCGCCUGCAACAGGCGGCGUGAAGAAGCCUCACCGCUACAGGCCUGGUACUGUAGCUCUGCGAGAAAUCCGCCGUUAUCAGAAGUCUACUGAGCUGCUGAUCCGUAAACUGCCCUUCCAGCGCCUUGUGAGGGAGAUCGCUCAGGAUUUCAAGACCGAUCUUCGCUUCCAAAGCUCAGCAGUCAUGGCUCUGCAGGAGGCUAGCGAGGCCUAUCUGGUUGGUCUGUUCGAGGACACCAAUCUGUGCGCAAUUCACGCAAAGCGAGUGACGAUCAUGCCCAAGGAUAUCCAACUCGCCCGCCGCAUCCGGGGAGAGCGCGCUUAAGACCGUUUGCCAGCACACAAUCCAAACCACAAAGGCUCUUUUAAGAGCCAC